AUGAAUCUUGAGAGGAGAGCAGAGGGCUGUCCACAGUAUGUCAGGGACCCUCCCACCUAUUGUCUCAGAGCAGCAGGAGUUCUGAGGUAUAACCGGGAGUCUGACAACAGGAUAAACCUAACAACCAUUCUUCCAGCGUCCCAACCUGUGACAGAAUACCCAGUAAGGUGUGAGUUCUGUGGAGGAAAGGGCCAACCUUCACUGGAUCUAACAUGGACUCAGGAACCUGAGUCAAUGCCACUGUUCUGCUGUGCUCAGCGGCAGCAGCUGUGUAAGAUGCUGGCAAAGCAGAGAUGUUUGGUUGAGGGCAGAUGUGACCUGAGGACUCUUACUCCAUCGUCACCGAGAGACAAGCCUGGAACAGUAAAGGGGGAGCUUCUCUUACAAGGCAAGGAGAUGGAGGAUAACAACAAGUUCAUCAUGGACUUACUGGGUGGACUCAGAGAACGAUCAGAAUUAAGAAUAUACGAUGAUUACUCAAUCCAACUACCGGGGGCAGAAACCUUUCCCCCAACAUCAAAGGUCCUUAGCUUCCGGCUCUCUCGUGCUCCAGGAGAAGGAUGUUGGACAGUUUGUCCUUGUAGCGAUGCUGAAAAGGAAUUGAAAAUAAAACAGGAAGAGGAGCAGGUGUUGAUCCUUUUUUGUGACCACAAGCAACUACAGUUUGGCAUAUGUCAUUAUCAGGACAGGGCAGAACCUCUUCAGAAGAAAUACUCCAAUGGCAGGACCUUUCUUACCGUGUUCCCUGAUGGCUCUGCUCAGGCCUUCUAUCCCUCAGGCCUCUUGGCUCUGGUUGUCAUGGUCACUGCAGAAAAUGGGAGAGUCUGCAUUGUGUACGAUGACAGCGAUGCCUCCAGUCCAUCGAUGAGAGCCAUGUUCCAGUCUGACGGCAGGGCGACAUGUUAUCACAGCAAUGGGAACAUAUGGCUGACUUUAAACAGUGCCGGCGGUCAGUGUUUGGAUGAAGCUGGUGCCAGGGUUCAUCGGUGGAGCUGGAACAGUCCGAGCCUCAUCCCCACUCCCCUGCAUCCCGUCUUCCUGUCCCUCAACAAAACGAUUGGGGUCCGAAUCCUUGGGAAGGAAAAGGUGUUUGUUACCUUCCUGGCAAAAGGCCAACAGGCAAGGUUCAGAGUUGGUGCCUGCUGCGCUCAGUGUGAAUGUGCAACAGGCAGCGAUGCUUCAGGGCCGUCAAUAUCAAAGGAGGAGCUGUAUGUGUUGGCAGCCAAGGUUAGGAUUCAUCAGGCUUUCCAGAUUCUCCACCGGUACCUGAUGACGCCUUCACAUCCCCAUCUGCUGAAAAUCACAUAAGCCCCUCCUCAUGUUAUCGCCCAGAGGCUUCUAGAAGUCAGUACUGAUGUGAUGAGUGAGACAGCCUUUCUCAAAGGAUGUCAAGAUUGUCUGCCAGUAAUAAAGUAA